CUGGCGCUGGAACCAGGAAGGCGCUGAGCUUAAACUGAAGCAAGUUCUGAGGACGCCGGUGGCGCCGUGGUUUGAAGAGGGGGUUCCAGGCCCCCGCGUCCGGAGGUGCGAACCCGAAGGUCGACCCAGAAAUGGGACGCCGGUCAUCAGACACGGAGGAAGAGAGCCGAAGCAAAAGAAAGAAGAAACACCGGAGACACUCCUCUUCCAGUAGUUCCUCGGAUAGCAGGACCUACAGCCGCAAGAAGGGCGGGAGGCGGCCACGGUCCGAGUCCAGGUCCUGGUCAAGAGACCGGCAGCCUCGCUCACAUUCUUAUGAGAGAAGACGCAGGCACAGGUCAAGCAGCAGCUCUUCUUAUGGCUCCCGAAGAAAACGAAGUCGAAGUCGAUCCAGGGCUCGAGGAAAGCCCUAUAGAGCUCAGAGGUCUCGGUCCAAAAGCAGAACAAGAAGGUCCAGAUCAAGACCUCGUCCACGUUCCCACAGUCGGAGCAGUGAAAGGUCCAGUCACAGAAGAAGCCGUAGCAGGUCUAGGGAGAGAGAGAGACGGAAAGCCCGGGACAAAGAGAAGAGAGAGAAGGAGAAGGAGAAGGGCAAGGACAAAGAAGUGCACGGCAUCAAACGGGGGGAAUCUGGAAACAUCAAAGCUGGAUUAGAACAUCUGCCACCAGCUGAGCAGGCCAAAGCUAGACUACAAAUGGUUCUUGAAGCUGCUGCAAAAGCUGAUGAAGCAUUAAAAGCCAAAGAAAGGAAUGAAGAAGAAGCAAAGAGAAGAAAAGAGGAAGACCAAGCCACCCUGGUGGAGCAAGUGAAAAGGGUUAAAGAAAUUGAAGCCAUUGAAAGCGAGUCUUUUGUUCAGCAGACAUUCCGAUCAAGUAAAGAAGUCAAAAAAUCGGUGGAACCAAGUGAAGUGAAGCAUGUGACUCCAGCAUCAGGACCAGCAUCAGUAGCCGCUGACCCACCCAGCAUUGGAAAGGAAAUAGACCCUGACAGCAUCCCCACGGCCAUCAAGUACCAAGAUGACAAUUCUCUGGCUCAUCCAAAUUUAUUUAUUGAAAAGGCUGAAGCUGAAGAAAAGUGGUUCAAGAGAUUAAUUGCUCUCCGACAAGAAAGACUAAUGGGCAGUCCUGUGGCCUGAGGAGGAGAUUUACGGUGGAAUUGACAGAAGCCUUGGAAAUUUAGGCUUUUAAUACCAGUAUUAACUUUUAUUCUUAAAAACAAUUUAGCCAGUUAUGUAGAAAGAAAAUCUCAUUUCUUCUCUCAUGUUCAACUGAAUAUUUGUUGGUUCGAAUCAAACAUUGGAAAUAGUGAAUCUAUUGUAAAAAGGUGUGUGUGCAUGAACAUAUUAUCCUGUUAAUAAAGCUAAUCAUAAAAAUGUCAGUGUUGAAGUAAAUGAAUAUUCAGUAAUGUAUCUCAUUACAGUUUUUACAAAAUCAUGUUUUUGACCCAAUAUUGGAUAAUUAUAUCUAUAUAUAAGAGCCAUAUUAUUAGUAUAAGAGUUCAUCUUCUAUGUAUUGUAAAAUCCUUCUUGAAUCUUUUAUCUCACCUUUCUUAAAAUUUUUAGGUAUCAUAAAAGGUACCCUUUUAUGAGAUGUAAGUAAUGACCAUGUUAGAUUUGAACUAAAACUUUUUCUUGUGCCAAGUGUGGUGUCAAGCCUCUAAUCCUACUCCUCUGGAGGCUUAGGCAGGAGGGUCUGCACUCCACAGCUAGUGCUGGGACACUUGGACCACAUGGUGGAACCUUGUCUGAAAAAUCCUUUCAUUAGAGAUCUGUUUGUAUGAAGGGCUGGAAGCAGACCCAGUCCUUCCUUUGGAAAUCAUAUGCCUGUUGCAUUAGUCCCUUUGUACUGCCGUGACAAAAGGCCUGGCCUGACUUCAGAGGAAAGGCUUUUGUCUGUGGCUUGAGAAGUGUCGGACCAUGAUCAGCUGGUUCCACUACUUUCAGGCCUGUAGCAGGCAGAAACACAGCAGGAGGGUAAGGCACAGGAAAGCUGCUCACUAUCGGCUGUCAGGAAGCAAAGAGACAGGAAAAGGACCCAGCAUACCCUUCAGAGAUAUACUCCACUCACCUGCUUCUAGUCUGUUCCCUCCCUUCUGGCAGCCCAUUCAGCUAUGAACUCAUGCUUUUACUCGUUGGUGGAGUUACAGUCCUCAUGAUCCAGUAACUCUCAAAACAGGGAGUGUUGAGCCUUAAGCAUUUGAGCCUUUGGGGACACUGUGUAGAAUUCCUUUCUCUAGCGGCUGGGCAACAGAACAACUCACUGGAAUCCGUACUAAAUGUGCUAGAGAGAAGGACUAGGGUCCUUGCUGUACAAAACUGGAUUUCAACCGCUGGCACAAAUACUUCCUUUUUCCAUCUUGCUCUGCUUAUUUUCACAUGGUCUCUAUGAAGGCUGGAACUUAAGAUACAGUCAUGGCAAGUCCUUGGGAUAUGAUACAUAGGACACUUUGAUUCCAUCUUUUUCAUACAUUGGAACUACAGAAAUUCUCAGCUCUGUUAAAAAUGAAAAAUAUGAAGAACUUACACUCAGUUCAAGUGUAAUGAAGAAGUUUGUUUUAAUCCUUGUGUACACAUUGUCUUGAUCUUAGUAAUGGCUGUCUUCCUCGGCUCUCUAAGUAACAUGCUCAGUAUGGAGACAGGUCUGCACAGCCUCACAGUAGUGGGUUCAGGAGGGGUUAGUGUUUCUGAAAGAGUUUACUUUUUAAUACUUCGUAUAAAGUAAACUGUAAAUGUGUCCUCACCCUCUUAGGAAAUAUAUGUCUAGGAAAGGAUAUAGGCUGCCAACUGACCAUAGGGAGUCUCCAUAAUUUUCUCAGUGUGGUUGAGGCUCCCCAUCUCUACAGCAAUGAAGAUACUAUGACCUACUUUCUAAUCUACCUUCCACUCAGAUUCCUCAAUGACAGGUACACCAAAUACAGGGGCUUGAAUUAGAAUGAAGUUGUAUUUUAAAGAAAAUGUUUUGUGGAAACAAAAUCAAGUUGAAGUUUGUUGUUCUUUUAAGUGAACAAAUAAACUUGGUCCUAAAUAA